CCUCGGGCCAAUAAAAUGAUGCAAAGCUCCGCGCUCGCUGCCGAAGGGGCUGUCAAGGGGCUUCCCGAGAUCCUCGGUGUGCCGGUGCAACAGAUCCCCCAGUGUGCAGGCUGCAACCAGCACAUCCUGGACAAGUUCAUCCUCAAGGUCUUGGACCGGCACUGGCACAGCUCCUGCCUCAAGUGCGCUGACUGCCAGAUGCAGCUGGCCGACCGCUGCUUCUCCCGGGCCGGCAGCGUCUACUGCAAGGAGGACUUCUUCAAGCGUUUUGGGACCAAAUGCACGGCGUGCCAGCAGGGCAUCCCCCCCACCCAGGUGGUCCGCAAAGCCCAGGACUUUGUCUACCACCUCCACUGCUUCGCCUGCAUCAUCUGCAGCCGGCAGCUGGCCACCGGCGAUGAGUUCUACCUGAUGGAGGAUGGGCGGCUGGUCUGCAAGGAGGACUAUGAGACCGCCAAGCAGAACGAUGACUCUGAGGCAGGCGCUAAGCGGCCCCGGACCACCAUCACGGCCAAGCAGCUGGAGACACUGAAGAAUGCCUACAAAAACUCUCCCAAGCCCGCUCGGCACGUGCGGGAGCAGCUCUCCUCUGAGACGGGACUCGACAUGAGGGUGGUGCAGGUGUGGUUCCAGAACCGCCGGGCCAAGGAGAAGCGGCUGAAGAAGGACGCGGGGCGGCAUCGCUGGGGGCAGUUUUACAAGAGUGUCAAGCGGAGCCGUGGGGGCAGCAAGCUGGAGAAGGAGAGCUCGGCCGAGGACUGCGGCAUCAGCGACAGCGAGCUCAGCUUCCGUGAAGACCAGAUCCUCUCCGAGCUUGGCCACACCAACAGAGUUUAUGGCACGGUGGGAGACGUGGCUGGCGGACAGUUGCUGAAUGGCAGCUUCUCCAUGGAGGGGACCGGACAGUCGUACCAGGACUUACGGGACGGCAGUCCCUAUGGCCUUCCCCAGUCGCCAUCCUCCAUCUCCUCCCUGCCAUCCCACCCGCCCUUGCUCAAUGGGCUGGACUACGCCAUGGACGGCAGCCUGGGGCUGGUGGCCCACGGGGCUCAGGGGGUGAGUCAGACGCUGCGGGCCAUGGCUGGGGGGGGCCCCACCUCCGACAUCUCCACGGGGAGCAGUGUCGGGUACCCAGACUUUCCCACUAGCCCGGCCUCCUGGCUGGACGACAUGGAUCACCCCCCUUUCUAA